AUGAGGAGGUCGACGCUGCUUGGCGGUGCGCUUCUCUUGGUCUUCGCUUCAGCUCAUCGACUGGGCAAACCUGGACCUGGCACAUCUGGCCUUGGGCUCAAUAGCAAAGUGUUUCCUGAAGAUCCCUUUUCCUCGCCUGCGUACAAUAUCAUCUUUGACCCGCUCGAUCCUGUCAGAAAUGCCACGCUAGUAGGACUUCUUCAAGACCAAGCAGACGGUCAUACGCACGCGACGCAGAGUAUAGAGCUGCUGGGAGGAGCGGAUGGCCUUCACGCUUGUUUCAGCGCUGCAUCUCUGGAAACAGAUGUGCGCAAGAGGGCGCAGUCGAAUAUAGAUCUCUCUUCCCUCUCACCAACAGACCUCGAAUUAGCUCGAUCGCGUGCUCUAUCCAAAGGCAUAUCGUUGCUUGCGCCUCUGCGCAAGACUUGUCUCUACCACACGCUCGACUGGUUCACAUACGAGUUCUGCUACGGAGCUCAAGUGAGACAGUUUCACGCGCUGCCCGGAAGCUCUCUACCUGGACGUACACCCGUGCCUGACCCGGCACAGGAUAGCUACGUACUAGGCAGAUCACCUUCUUCUUCUUACUAUACAAAUCGCUUGGAUGGUAGCGCGCUUGCGCAACAGGAUGAUGCGGCGAGCAGUAACGCUCAAGACGAGGCUAAGAGGGAAGAAGUAGGCGAGUUGAUGGAGGUGGUCUCGCUCGCAGCUGCACCUGGCCCCUCGGCUGCCAGACCGAAUGCCAAAGAUGCCAACGAGAAAUCGCAGCAUGAAGCGUCCAACUCGCUCAAAAGAGGCGAGAGGUAUGUCUCGCAACUUUGGGGAGGCGGUACGUUUUGUGAUCUGAACAACGAGAGGAGGAGCGUAGAGGUUCAGGUGAGUGACCUUUGCGUCUGCGCAACCCAACGUCGCCUUUCAAGUACUUGCGUCGAGGCGACGAGGCGCCAUCCGUCGUCAUCGCAACGUCGGAUACUGAUCCUCGCCACUUUUUACAUCCUUCUAGUUCUACUGUUCCCGCAGACCGGGCGAUCGCAUCUCGCUGGUAAAGGAGACGACUACGUGCAAUUAGUGAGUUUCGAGAACUUGUGCCUCAAAGUGUGAUUUCUGUGCUGCUACGAUAGCAAUAUAGAGCUUAAAAUCUUCUCUCUCAUCGCAGCGUCAUUGUCAUCGAAACACCACUGCUUUGCACGGAGCCCGCCUUCGCUCUUCAGGAUGAUCCAGUGCAAGAAAUCAAAUGCAGACCGGUCGUGUCUGAUGACUGGGUGGCACCCGCCAAGCCCGUCACGCAAGCACCAGAAAGAGGCAUAGACGCGUCGCAGACUCGAGAUCAUCAGGAUCAAGCUCGACCCACCACUGCUGCAGCGUCUAAGCCCAAGUCGGUGGGCGACGUGAAGGGUAGUCAGGACAUCGACGAAGAGCUAGUGUAUGUUCCAGCGAAUUCCAGGGGCCCUGACGAUGCCGCGAGCGCGCAGAGGGAGAGAGCUGAUGAGCAAGACGCGACUACUGCACGGACGGAGGAAGAUGAUGACGUUUCAGGAUUUCACACCAGAGGGGACGGCUUUUCGUUGGGAGGCAUUGCCGAUGGCUUUUUGCCGGGCGAACAUCUACAACAAGAACAUACGGACGAAUUGUUUGAGCUCGAUCUGGAUGAUGACGGUAGUCUGGUACUUUAUCCGGUCAAUGAGAGGGGAGAAGCUGGAGAUCCAAUCGCUCAACUGACGAGAGACGCGGUGAAUCCGGUGGGCGGAGCGGACCGAAUGCCGGGUGCUGGUGUGGACGUGGGAGCAGGAAUUGCACCUGGCGAGUGGCUCGACGAGGGCGAUCUGCCAGCCAUUCAGGAAAGGCUGCAGGAUCAUCUGGACCGAGCUGCUGCGAGGGCUGAAGAGGAGGAUGCGAGGCUGGGCCAAGCAAGACCUCCGGAGGAUAGGCGAAGAAUCUUGCAAGAUGCACUUAGAGAAGCUUUGGGAGCUCAGGGCGUCUUUCAAGAGAUUAGACAAAGAAGAGCACGAGCGGCUGCUGAUGCUGCUAAUGCAGAUGUUGCUGCGAGGAAUCCCGCGCACGCCCAAGAGCAGGCAGAGCAGCAGGCACGACAAGACGCUACUGGACAACGCAACCAUUUGGAGCAGGUACUGCAAGCUCAAAGAGAGAGGAUUGCUCAGGUCUUUGCGGAGUUGA